AUGGAAGCACUAAAGGCCAGCCUGGAAAACUCGAGCAUUUUGAAGUGGUUCGACCCGGAACCGUGUAAAUGGAAUUACAUUACAUGCAGGCAAAACCGAGUGAUUAGGAUCCAAAUUAACUACUUAAGCCUGGGAGGAAGCCUUCCUCAAGACCUCCAGUACCGUGACGCUUUGGAAAUUCUUGAGGUGGCGAGCAACCGACUCAGUGGGCCAAUCCCAAGUCUUGCUGGUUUAAGUUAUCUUAAACAUGCGCAGUUUGACAAAAACUUCUUUUCACAUGUGCCCUUUGAUUUCUUUAGAGGAUUAACGUCAUUACGAUCUAUAAGUUUUGAUUUUAAUCCAAAUAUCUCUUCCUGGGAGAUACCUGAGAGUUUGAAAGAUGCCAGAGGUUUGAAGAGCUUUUCUGCAAAUGUUGCUUGUAUUUCUGGGACAAUUCCGGACUUCUUUUGGGCGGAUACAUUUCCUCGUUUAAGGCACUUGCAUUUGGCUAUGAACAAUCUCCAUGGGAAAAUUUCAUCGAGUUUUGCCAAGUCUUCGAUUCAAACCCUUUGGUUACAUGACCAAAAUAGCGAUUUCAAGCUCCAUGGAUCAGUUGCAGUGUUGCGAAACAAGACUUCUUUGACUAAAGUUCGGCUUGCUGGUAAUUCUUUUACUGGUCCUUUGCCAGAUUUAUCUAAGCUCAUUAGUUUGGAAGAAUUGAAUUUGAGAUAUAAUUGGUUGACGGGUGUUGUUCCUUUGUCUUUGGCUAACCUUCCUAAGCUUAGUAAUCUCUAUCUGGCUUAUAAUUUGCUUCAAGGUCCAACUCCAGCCUUUGUUAAUUCUAAACUUGAUUCGGAUAUAGGAAAAGACGCAAAUGGAUUUAACAGUUUUUGCUUAGAUGAUCCUGGUGUUGCUUGUGACAGUGGGGUCGAAGUUUUGUUGUCCAUUGCAGAGUCUAUGGGUUAUCCACUGGUGUUUGCAAAGAGUUGGAAAGGAAAUGACCCUUGUGAUUCCUCUCGGAUAUUGGAAAGGGAUCUCAUGUGA